AUGAGUCACGGCAGCAAGGUGCAGAUUGGUUGCGACAAGGCGUUGCGCACUGAUACGUUCAGUGCACCCAGCACACAUGACUGUGGAAAGGCGUCGAUGCCACCGACAGCUUUGCCAGAUAUGCCGACGAUAUCGAACAUCAAGGUUACCUCGGCUGUGGUGAAUUUGCCGAGGCGACAGCAGCAGGUGAAGGUUGAGGAGCCCAGUAGGAAUUUCAGUGCAAACGAAGAAGCCGAUGGGAAUAGUAGUGUAUCGAUGACAGAGUCCACCCAUAACAACUCCACCACCCGACGUGUUGAGACCAUGACAUUUGAUGUAGAGCGCAUUAGCCCGCCAAUUGCGAACAUGUUUCGUCGAUUGAUGCUAACGGAAGUUCCAGUUCUCGCAUUUGACCGCAUACUCAUUGAGGAAAAUGAUAGCGUUGUGCCGGAUGAACUUCUUGCCCAUCGUAUUGGACUUGUUCCAGUUGCUGGUCCCGUGUUAAAGAUGCAGUUUGUAACAGAAUUCAACCAGGUAGGCUUUGACGCCCUUGACCCCCAGCGUGUGUUGGUGUUUGAACUCUUUGCUGAGGGAAGACGUGACGCAAAGUCCACGAGUGUCUACAGCGGCGACCUCAGAUGGACGCCACUACCAGGGCAGGAGGCGUGGGCGACUGGUGCAGACGAAGACCGUGUCUUUCUUGUCCAUCCGGACAUUAUCUUGACAAAGCUAGGACCUGGGCAGCGCUUAAAACUGCGGGUGAUUGCGCUGAAGGGCAUUGGCGGUGUUCACGCGAAGUGGGUUCCCGCCUCUGCCUGCUUCUACGAGCUCAAGACAAGCAUUCAUUUGCGCGAGCCCGUGUGUGGGGAUUCUGCGUUAACGUUGCAACGCAUUUGCCCGGUGGGAGUUUUCGGCGUGAACGAGGAGGGUGAGGCGGAGGUGGUGGAGGUGGAGAACUGCACGCUGUGUCGCGAGUGCCUUCGCCGCGACGUGCACCCAGACAUUGCCGACAAGGUUGUCGUCGAGAAGGAUAAAACCCGCAUGCGGUUUACCAUUGAGAGCAUUGGGCAGCUGCACCCCUCGCAGAUCUUCCGGUAUGCCCUCACUUUGUUUGCCGAACGCGUUCGUGACUUGGCCGGGCGUAUUCGCGGCACGGAGGCUAUUGUCACGGGUACCGCCGCCGCAAUUCCGUCUGUCUAA